AUGGCACCCAAAGCCGAUUUUUUCCUUAUAGUGUUGUUUGGUUCUGUGUUUUGUUUCUGUAGGGCUACGAAACAUGAUCAAUCGGAGUUUUUUGAGUUGAUUAAAACCUCUUUAUCGGGACAGGCUUUGUCUGGUUGGGAUGUUAAUGGAGGGAAAAGCUACUGCAAUUUCACGGGAGUUUUCUGCAACAAUCGAGGCUAUGUUGAUGGUCUUAAUAUCUCCGGUUGGUCGAUCACCGGAAAAUUUCCCGACAACGUCUGCUCGUAUCUGCCGGAGCUUCGUGUUAUUGAUAUCAGCCGUAACAAUAUCCACGGUAACUUUCUGAACGGGGUGGUGAAUUGUUCUUCCCUGGAAGAGCUCAAUAUGAGUUCUAUUUAUAUAAGAACAAAGCUUCCGGAUUUCUCGAAACUCGUCUCUUUACGUGUUCUCGACUUGUCGUACAAUCACUUCACCGGAGAUUUCCCCAUGGCCAUAACUAAUCUGACCAAUCUUGAAGUGCUCUACUUCAAUGAAAACGAUAAAUUAAAGCCAUGGAAACUUCCGGAGAACAUUUCGAGGCUUUCGAAGCUCAGAGUGAUGGUGUUCACGACAUGCAUGUUGUAUGGUCGGAUCCCGGCAUCAAUCGGGAACAUGACAUCAAUUGUUGAUCUUGAAUUGAGCGGGAAUUACCUGUCUGGUCGGAUUCCGAAGGAGCUCGGUUUGCUCAAGAACUUGCAGCAACUUGAACUGUAUUACAACCAGUUAUCUGGUACAAUACCUGAAGAACUUGGAAACCUGACAGAGCUCUUAGAUUUGGACAUCUCGGUCAAUGCACUGAAUGGAAAUAUUCCGGUGUCUAUAUGUCGAGUUCCGAAACUUCAAUCUCUUCAGCUUUAUAACAACAAUAUUACAGGAGAAAUCCCUGGUGAAAUUGCAGAGUCGACAACUUUGAGCAUACUUUCACUCUAUAGAAACUUCUUGUCGGGGCAUGUUCCAGGAAAUCUGGGGUUCUCAUCCCCGAUGAUCGUUCUCGACUUGUCGGAGAACAAUAUCACGGGUCCAUUGCCGGCUGAGGUUUGUCGACGAGGUAAACUGUUGUAG